AUGACAGAUUGUAAUGAACGCAUUAUAUUAAAUGUUGGUGGAAUCAAGUAUGAAACGUAUCGAUCAACCUUGACGGCGUAUCCAGAUACGUUACUUGGAACGAUGUUUCAACAACGUAAUCACGCACUAUUACACCCAAUGAAUGACAAUGAAUAUUUCAUUGAUCGUAACGGACGAGCAUUUCAUUAUAUACUAGAAUUUUAUCGCACAGGAGAGAUCCUUUGGCCAAAUUGUGGAGAUGAUGAUGGUGAAUCGUUAUCUACAGCAAAGAUUUGUUGUGCGCUCGUGACCAGAAAAGAACUUUCGAAGGAAUUAGAUUAUUUUCAAAUUCCAAUACCAAAAGAGAAAUCAAUUUCUCCUGAUAACUUCAAUAUAAACGUUGAAGAUGAAUAUAAAAUAUUAGCAAUAAAAUUAGAUGGGUUUGUAAAAUCGUUAUUGGAAUCUAUAUGUUUAGCAAGGCAAGAUUAUCAAAAUGUUUUAAACGUAAAAUUCUAUGAUCGCCUACCGACCAAAGAUGCACCAAAAUCCAUUCAUUUUCAGCCAAACAUUGAUAAAUUAUUAAGACCUUAUGUUGGAAGUGGUUAUUUCAUGCUCGAAAUGUUUUCCAAACCUAUCGAAACUCAUAUUAAAAGUUGUUUACCUGGAAUAAGGUGGAGCCUAGAUAAGAGGGAAAAAAGCAUUCAGAGAAGAUACAGUAUCUGGGAAAUCGAACGGUAUGAGAAUCGUCAGAAAUUGGCGCUUACGAAAAUUAAUGAUCAUUUUGAAUUGUCCUCAUCAAAGAUUGAUAUGUCGCAGAGUCGACAUCAGUGUUAUCGACCGAGUAUAAACGACCUUUUGAACGUUCUCAUAUCAACAGGACAAGAUCCACACGAAGGAGUAAAUAAAAAGCAUUUAAGGUUUAAGGUUUAG